AUGUCGGUUGAGCAACACCUCCCUGCGCAAGCCACCGGGCCUUCCGAUGGCUCGCAUCCCUCAUUCAUAAUAUCAACGGCAAAUGUGGAUUCUUAUGGCCCAAGCGUUAGCGACACCGAAGCCAAAGCCGAAGCCGAAAAUAUACCCAUAUCUGCAACCAAAGCAUCAGCGUCAAGGCAUAUUUCUCAAGAAAAAAUGGCGAUACAAACUGCGGCUUCAAACCUAGGUCACUCUAGAACUGGGCCCGAGUAUGACGAGCCGAAGUCUGUGAUACAUGACCUGGCCGGCUCUAGCGGGUUUGAACUAAAUGCCUGGCAAUCCUCGGGCAAAAUGCCCAUGUCCCAAGAAGAGAUAAUUACGUCUUCGGCAUCUCCUAUAAGUAUUAAAGUUACGUCUCAAAAUAUAGGGGAACAAAGUACAAAGAGGUUUUCCAACAGUCUCAUAUCGCCUCCUCUGCUGACCACCAGUAUUGAACCCACAAGGGAUUGGUCUGAAAGAGGGACACCACGCGCACAGACAAGGCAGGACUUUGAGGGUAUUGACAAAAGAAUACACUUAAGUAGCCUCGAAGACAUACCAGAAGGCAUCGAUAGCUACAAGAGAACCAUUGGGAGUGACGAUCAAGCAGCAGAUCGCCCUGUUUUAAAGGAUGAGUAUUUUCCUAUGGGGAGCUCUGAGAUAACGGCAUUGCAGGCAGCCCUCCUUGAGUGCUGGUCGCUUUGCAACACGCUUUCCACCCUAAGCUCAAUCCACCGGGAGCGAGGUGGUUUCGCUGUCGAUACCCAAGACGAUACUUGGAAGUCAUGCUGGCGGCUGUGUCAGCAGCUAUACGCAGGCCAAGUGGAUGAUAAUGCGUCCCAAGUUAAUCCAACGCUUGAUCUUUGCCGCAACUUCUGCCAAACUUUAUUUGAAACUAGGGCUCGUGACAGUGAGGUUUCGGACUCGGUUCUCCGCGUCAGCUUUGAGCUGAGCAAUCAUUUAUAUAAUACACACGACCGUAGCCUUCCAGAUGCAUUUAGGGAACGAACCCUCGACUUUUACAUCACACUAUGCCAUCGCCUAAUGAAACAAAGAGACCGCGUACCGGGGACAGACUCUCUCCUAAGCGCCUGCUGGUCAUUGGCCGAGAUGCUGUUCAGUAUACGCCAAAACAAAAAAGAAGGCCGCGUGGUAGAUGAAGAAUUGCUAGGUUCGGCAGUCCAGGCAUGCUGGGAACUUUGUGAUAUUUUCCGAGAAGGAUGGACGCAGGGGAACUUGCGGAACUCUGAUCGUGGAACACCUCGACCAAGCCAGGCAACCUUUACAUUGGCCGAGAAACAGAUCAAACAAUCUGACGUUGCUCGUGCUGAGGACGUCCUGAGAAACCCUGAAACGCCAACAACGAUAUUCGAAGAUAUCGGCACCAUUUCUCCCAACGAAGGGCCCGCUCAAAACAUGGCCCCACACGCUAACCGGUCAUCGAAUGCAUCAAGUAUCUCAGGGAGGAGUCAUUCUUCUGAGAGAACAUCCUCAACAAACACAGUUAUAACACUCUCUAACGACUCGAAUAUAAACGGUCUCAGAGUUCUUAUCACCAAGGCAGCCUUGAACAACGGAUUUCAGCGCAAUGGAUCCCAAGGUCUUUCAUCAUUUGUUAAGUCACUGUCGUCAGACGCAUUCGGGUCUGCUCCCUGGCAAGUGGCUCUUCUGAAACAUUACAAGGGUCUAGUAGCGUUUGAGCCCACGUUUCAAGAUAUCGAAUCUGUGACCAGGGCAAGCGCGAUGGAUAUAUCUAAGGCGGUUAGACUUAUGGCCCAGAGUGGGCGGUAUAUCUGGCUAUCUGACCUCUACCGUCUUGUAUUCGGUUUCCAUGUUGAAGAGGGAAUAAACUGUGACGCGAUUAUGUUACAGGUAUAG